GUCCAAAAUCGUUUAUACAACUAACACAAGUAUAAUAAUUUGAAUUUUUUAAAGAAGAAUCUGCAUCUUACAAAAUGAAAAUUGCGUUGAUGUUACUCGUUGCUGUUAUUAUGAUGAUGUGUCAAGAUGCCGACAGCUGGUGGUGGAGGCGGAGACAGAAGCUUAAGGUCAAAUAUAAAGACGGUGACACAAAGAUUAAAAUUAAAAUUAAAUAUAGGAAAGGCUGGUGGGGUAAACGAGAAGAUGAUUUCGAUACUGCCGACGAUAUUCAGGAGAGGGGGGUUUUGAGCCCAAGAAGUUAUAUUGUGAGGUAUGUGAGAGGACCUUGGGGUGUAAGAUGGGGUAAGAGAGAAGUCAGAGAUGCUGAUAUCGAUAAUGCCGACGACAUGCAGGAGAGGGAGGUUUUGAGCCCAAGAAGUUAUACUGUGAGGUAUGUGAGAGGACCUUGGGGUGUAAGAUGGGGUAAGAGAGAAGUCAGAGAUGCUGAUAUCGAUAAUGCCGACGACAUGCAGGAGAGGGAGGUUUUGAGCCCAAGAAGUUAUGGUCAUAGUAGAAUAUGGUGGGGUGUAAGGAGAAGAUGGUGGGGUGUAAGGAGAAGAUGGUCGGGUAAGAGAGACGUCAGAGAUGCUGAUAUCGACAAUGCCGACGAAAUGCAGACUUUCCGUGCUAUAGAUUCAGAAUUGGACAGAAUGAAAAUUGCGUUGAUGUUACUCGUUGCUAUUAUUAUGAUGAUGUGUCAAGAUGCCGACAGCUGGUGGUGGUUGAGAAGGAGGUUUCAGGUCACGAACAGAGGCACAACGCUUAAACUUAAAAUGGAUAAAGUGAGAGAAAUUAAUUUGGAUACUGACGACGAAAUGCAGGAGAGGGAGGUUUUGAGCCCAAGAAGUUAUGGUUAUAGUAGAAUAUGGUGAGAAAGGGAUGGUCUGGCAAGAGAGAAAUCAGAGAUGCUGAUUUCGAUGCUGCCUAUAAUGCCGCUGCUAAAGAUGGUGUUUUUACUGAUGAAGAGAUUAAAUCAGUAUUUGGUGAUGAUGAAAAUGGUUUGACUGAGUUAAAAAAAAUAUUUUGAUGUGAAGGUAAACCAAAAUGAAUGAAGCAAAGUAAAAGAAAUGCGAAUCGCCAUAAUUUGACCAGUUUUUGAGAAUUUCAAUGUAGAGUAAAUUAUUGCAGCAUAU